AUGAUCGAACCUGUUGCAUUCCAGGAUGAGGCGGUGUCAAGCCAGGUGCAUCCCACGAUCAUGGAGGUGCCGCCUUUGAACCUGCCACAGGAGCUGCUACACUUCAUGCAUCGGGAUGAGAUGAAGGAGCCGGCGAAGCCGGCAGAUUUGCUCAUCCCCCUGACGCCCCUGAACGAAGAGCACUACACCGAAGCCGCGCAGACGGAGCGCGCUGGGCACGGUCGGCCCAACCAGAGGGACAUGUCUCCGAUCACCGCUGCUCGAGAAGCCACGGCGAAGCAAGCGAAGCAGCGCUCCCGGCGUGGUCGUGCCAGCGAUGCAGAGCCGAAGCUGCCGUUGCAUCGGGAGAUCGAUAUGGGCUGGCGCGAUCUGCUGGACGAGAUCGCCACCUCUAGCCGGCGAGUGCUGCUGGCCAGAGGUGGCCAGACGACCAUUUUGCCACAGUCUGAAAUAGUCAAAGAGACUGCGCGAGCUUAUUUGCGCACGCCCUCCCCAGACGAGCUCCUGAGCUUUCCAGAUGCUGAAGAAUCCAGGCCCCGAUCGCGGACGCGCUCGAACAUCUCUCCUGCUCCAGAGGAAUGCAGGCCGCGAUCCCGGACGCGCUCGACCAUGUCUCCUGCUCCAGAUGAAUUCAAAGCACGAUCGCUCAGACGCUCGACCAUUUCUCCAGGUCCAGAGGAAGGCAGGGCCCGAUCGCGCACACGCUCCAACAUCUCUGCAGCUCCAGAGGACUGCAGGCCACGUUCGCGAACGCGCUCCAACAUCUCUCCAGCUCCAGAAGAGAAACCUGAGGAAACCGCCACCGUGCCACCGGACCAUGCGCAGGACGACGGCCUGUGGCUUUCCUAUCGGAUUACAGAGGAGAAGGUGCCCACCGCAGUCUUGACGAAGCUCUGGAGUUUAGCGGUGGAUCCCCGGAAGGACGAGGACAUCCCCCCCAUGGAGCACGUCCCGCGACUCACCGUGGCAAAGCGGGAGGUCCCACUCCCCACGGUGCACGACAUCCCCCAGUGGCGCCGCACCAACCUGCGCCGCCGAGAGCAGAGGAAGCUACGUCGAGAGGCAGAGCGGAACCCCACGCUGGAUGAGAUGCUGACAAGCAUUUUCGGCGAACCGGAGAUGGAGAAGCUGCUGACGGCGGAGAAUCACGUAUACCAGUAUCGAGCAGCUUCCCUGCUGGCCGCCGUGGCUGAUGAGAUGUCGUCGCCGAGUGCCAUCCAGCUUCUCAUGGACGAGUUCUUGGACUCCCUGCCUGGCCACCAGCACCUUGAGCCGAAACUCCUCGGGUCACUUCGUCGCGGUCGCCGUGGGGCCUUCGACGAAGGGCAAGCGUCGGCGAAGUUGGCCCUCUCCAUCGCGGAGCAAGCGAGGCUUGACAAGAACGUGGUGCGCAACAAAAGGCUGCGCCGGGGGGCGGAGCAUACGAGGGCUUGGAGAUCGGAUCUCCAGUGCAUCUCCACGGCGGAGAUGCUGCUGCUCCGCGAGAAGGACGACGAGGCUCGCAUGAAGCACAUGAAGGAGGUAGACAGGCGCGAGAAGGCCGCGGAGGCUCACAUGAAGGAUGUGGUGAAGGCUUGCACGACAGCUUGCGAGAAGUGCCAGAAACGGGCCAGUCGUUUCCAUUCGGCCUUCGUGCGGAGACAGGGGAGCCUCAGUGACAGCCUUCAGAGGAGAGUGAAGCGAAUCCAGUACGACCAUACGGAGAUCCAGCAGAUGAAGGAGCAAUCCAUUCUUCCCAGUGUCAUUGGCCAGCCACAGUCCGAAUCCGACAAGGCCACCCACCUUUCUGUGCUCCAUUACUUGAAGCCUCACCGGGUGCAUGUGGAGAAGCAGAGGCAAGAGGCCCACUCCAUUUACAUGGCGCAGGUAGACAAGAUCCAGCACUACCAACGAAUUCUCGCCGACCCGAAGCGCGAGCCCGACAGGGGCGAGGUGUUCCUCAGCCGAUGCUUUCGAUAUGUGUUGGCUGCUGGGCUUGCCGUCGAUGAUGCGUACUUCUUCCGAGUCUUGUCGCAGAUGCAGCCCGAGGAUUUCGAAAAGGUUUACACCGUGAACUUCCUGGCGGCCUGCUGUGAUGCCUUUAGCAUCUCCACACGGCAGUACUUUCAGUUUCUGGAAAAUUCAGGCUUGCCCUGCCUAGUGCCCAUGCCCCAAGAGGGCAAAGCUCUCAUCUACGACGACACGGCAGCUUGGGAUCAGCUCUGUGUCGCCCCUGCUCAGCUGGAGUCGGAGUCCUGGGCUACACCGUUGCCCCUCUACCCGGUCUUCGACAUGGUCUUACAGCGCUACAACCUGGGUUCUAAGGGAAAGGCAAACCUGGUGUCACAGCUGGUUUCCCUGGCCUCGCGCCGCGCCAGUGAAGAGACGCAGCCUUCUACGAUGACCCUCGCGAAGCAGGCUACUUUGUCGACUCUGCCCUCGGAGAAGCUGCCCUGCGAGCCCUCGCCGGAGCCUGCGGAGGAGGGAAAGCCCUUUUAUUUCAGGAAUACCCAGACGCGAUUUUUUUCUACCGUUAUGGAGUUAGAUCCAAAAUAG